GUGAAUUUGGGUCCUCUGAGCGACUGACAACCUGACGGCGCUAUGGCUGGAUUCUCCACAUUCAUCAUCUUUACCUCUGUGCUCUGUCAGAUCCCAGUGACAGCAAAAACUUCUGGAACUCUGAAGGAGAUGGUUGGUGCCCUUGGUGGAUCUGUGACCUUCAGUCUGAAUUUCACAGAAAAACACGUUCACACUAUUGUAUGGACCUUCAAGACAAUUUCUUUUGCCAUCAUAGUUAAGGACAAUGUCAUAAUGCCUCAAAAUCAUAACAAAGAAAGGAUAGUCUUCCCAGAUGGAAGCUACUCCAUGACACUAAGCCAGCUGAAGAAGAAUGACUCAGGUGUCUACCGGGCAGAGAUUCACAGUACAUCUCUUGAGUCUCCCUUCACCCAGGAAUAUGUGCUGUACGUCUAUGAGUAUCUGUCAAGGCCCAAAGUCACCUUGAAUGGGCAAGACAACAUGAAUGGCACCUGCACAACCAACCUGACCUGCUCCAUAGAUGAGGGAGGAGAGAAUGUGACCUACAGCUGGAAAGCCAUCGGGCAGGGAGUCAAUGAAUCUCGUGACGGUGCCGUCCUCCCCAUCUCCUGGAGAUUGGGAGAAAAAGACAAGACUUUAAUUUGCAUGGCCAGGAAUCCCAUCAGCCAAAGUUUCUCAAUCCCCACCCACAUCCAGGAUCUCUGUGAAGAUGCUGCCAAGGACCGAAAUUCAUCCAGCAUCAUCCUAUAUAUCCUGCCAGUGUUACUUGUACUUGGUCUCUUGCUGGUGAUUAUUCCUGUUGCUAUGCAUACAGAGAAAGGAAAAGUUUCCAAGGAAGACAUGGAGAAAGUGGACAUCCACCGAGAAAAGCCAAACUUCUGUCCCCACUUGGAAGAGAAUCCAGAAUAUGACACAAUCCCUUACAUGAACGAAACAAAUAUGGAAGAGGUAGCAGCAAACACACUUUAUUCUACUGUGCAGACUCCCAAAGUGGUGAAGAGUCCCAGCUCCCUGCUUGCAACGUCAAGGCCGUUAAGCUUUGAAAAUAUUAUCUAGACAGCAGUACUCUCUCUCUUCUCAGUCCAGCUAAACACGAAGAAUUCACCAUUCUCAGUAGAAAUGGAAACUUCUAUCACAGAUUGAAUGUAAAUGCCUCCCCAUGCAUUUGCAUACAGAUGGUGACGGCCAGACUCAAGGAGUUUCAAAGAACAAUGACUCUUGGGGAUUGGCAUGGAGCCCAUUCCUAUUUCAUUUAGUGGAGAAAUUUGUUUCUAGACACCAAAACACCAAUGCUGUGACACAGCCAUACUCCCUUUUUUUCGUAUUUAUAGUAAGAGAUCAAAACAAAGAAAAGAAACAGAAAGAUAAGGAAAAUAUGCAGUUUGAUAAACAGCAUGAAUGCAUUUAAAGCUGUUGGGAAAUUGGGUAUACACAAAGAAGCUACAACGGUGAAAGAGAUGAGCUUCAUUAAAGAGUAACCCCAGACUUUGAACUAGGACAAUAGAAAAGAAGCUCUGAGAGCGAGGUCCUAUCUAUCAAGAAUUCCAACUGAAAAGCCCAUUUGAAAAGAUUUCAUAUAAAAGGAAGAAUGUGUGAACACAGAGCAUCCUACUUCAGUAUAUUAGACUGGAAACGCAUUUCUCUGGAUUCACCUGCGCGGGUUCUCAGAGCCUACUGAAGCCCUGACUCGAAAGGGUGUGGCUCUACCCUGGACCAGCUGCAGAAUUUGGCAAUGUCCAUAUGCUGGUGCCUUUGCAUACAGGCAGAAUGUAGAAGCUAGGAGCCACUGAGGCUUGCUCUGAGUAUAUGUCAAGGUUGGUCUUUCUGAGUGGAACUGUCAAGCAACCUUGCAUGAAACUAUGAAGGCAAAGCCUAGGUUGCAGUAUAGACUCCAAGAUACUGGCACUGCCAGGAACAUGAAGCAUCUGCUGAGAAAACUUCAGGCAUUGAAUAUACCCAAGAAAGAAGUCAUGUGUGCUUUUGUUAGAAUAAAAGGGCCUCCCCAAAUCAACUGGCGCAUACGUGAUGCCACAGCAUACCCAGGAUGCCAGAUACGGAGCUUCAGGAUUUACAUUUCCCUGCUGGGUUUGACCUAGCUUUGAUCUGUUCUUUCUUUGCUGUGCCUAAUCCCUCCCUUUUGGAAUGAUGGAAUGUGAAUGUUUCUUCUACCAUUGUACAUUGUAAGUAUGUAAGUUGUUUUUAAUAUCUUAUAGGGGCUCACAGAUAAGAGUUUGCCUUGCAUCUUAUAAAAGACAUUGGACAUUGAACUGUUAUGGCCGAGGACUCUUAAAGUUCAAUGGAAUACAUUUUGCACCGUGUGAUGACCGUGGGCUUAUGUGAGCCAAGGAGCGACUGUUAUAGAUUCUAUGAGUCUAAAACAUGUUCCACAGGCUCAUGUAUUUGAAGUUUGAAUACUUGGUGUUCAAUUUGGACAACUGAUGGUAUUAUUUAGGGAUGCUGUGGAACCUACAGAAGACAAGGCCUGCCUGGAGAUGGUGCAAACCCAGGAGGAAGACCUUGAAGGUGAUAUUCACUUGUGUCUUUGGGCUGAGCCUUCUGCUUCUACCUCGGGCAGAGUCCUGCCCACCACGAUGUAAAGAAGCAGCCAUUGCAAACACCCUCUAAUGCAGACUGAGCCCCUAUAGCCAUCAUGCCUUCUGAUGAUGGAUUUCAUCGCUGGAACUCAAAACCAAAAUAACCUUCUGCCCUCGUGAGUUGCUUCUAUCAGGAUCCUGGCCUCAAAACAAAAGGACUAACUAAUACAACUUCCUUCCAGAAUAAGCUACUUGUAUGCUGCUUUGGACCCUGAGGUUCAUUGUUCCACUGCUGAGAACUCUCAUCAAACCCAGAGUCUGUAUUCCUUCUGUAAAUGUGACUGUGAAUCUGUCGGUCCUAAGGGGAAAAAAAAGCCCAGAAAUGUACAUAUUAAUUAAGACCUCGGAACAAGAUCUCAAGUCCCAUCCUAUUCUAUAACUUGAGAUCAGAACUAUAACAGGAGACUGCUUACCAGGACAGACAUGUCCAGCACGAGCAGGUUUAACAGCCCAAAAUGAUGUAUUAUUAAUGGAGUCAACAGCUAUGUACCAGGUACUGUGUCAAACUUGACUGUAUUAUUCCAACACACUCUGCUCUUGCUUGACACUUCAUGAACAACUUUACAGAGAGCCACAAAAACAAUGGCUAUACAGUCCCAGAAGGCCCCAUGUGGGCAUGCAGGUGCCAGAGGUCAAAAUCACAAGGAUAGGACAUCCAGCUAAAUCCCUGUGUUUGGCUGGUACCAUCCCCAUUGAGUGUCCAUCACUCAAAGCAUGUGGUGAAGGACAAGGACCCCUUACCUCUACUUCAUUUUUCCCCUGCAUGCUCCAAAAGAAAAGUCUAAGCUCUGGGCCUUUAAAGGAGCCAAUUAUUCUCAAUAUCAAUAGAGAAAUAGCCUGAAUACACGUUUUGGAUCUAGUGAAAGAGCUGGAGUCAAGGGAUAGCUGAGUCUGGGGUUUGAUGGCUUGAAAAUGUUUACAACUGUUAAGAACUUAUGCUAUAUAGAACAGACAUAUUCCUUGCCCCAUAGAACUCAUUUUAAUUUUUUGGUGUUGUGAAAGAGACAUGGGAACACAUAGAGCAGUGUGUGUGUGUGUGUGUGUGUGCACGCAUGCACGUACAUGUGCAUUUGAUAUAUUUCCAGAAUCAGAACUUAUAUAUCUUGAAUGAGAAUGCUAAAGGGGAACCAGGAUUCUAAGACUGAAGGACAUAAACUCAAAUAGCUUUGAAGCAUGUUGAAAAAAGAGGAAGCAUGGUUCUAAAAAGAAGAAGUAUCUGGAGUUAGGAAGCACUCCCAAAUAUAGGACGGAAGCAAAAACAGAAAUACAUCUACAAAAAAGAAAGAGAAAGCCAAGAAACUGGGGGAGGAGGAAGCUUGAGGCUUAAGUCUUAAGGGGAAAUGAAAGCUAAAAAGCUAAAAAUAGGAUGCAUUCCCCAAUACAUGGCAACUCUGUCAAGACCACAAAGGAUUGAGCUAGUCUCUGCCCAGAGCUGGGUAGGCAUUUGUCCAAGGCACAGAUGUAAAUGCUAUUAAAUACUACAGAUCACUGUAUUUAUUACUCUAAUUAAAAAGUAAAAUAUUAUUUAAAUAAAAUCAGUAUGUAUUAAGGAAGGUCCCAAAGUUCUCACGAAGGUGAGGGGAAAGGCCCAUAGCAGCACUUGGAGGCAAGAACCACUUACUAUGCAGCCUGGAGAAACCAGGGCUUCAAGUUUGUCCAGAUAAUAAUAAUUCUGUAAUUUGAUUCUUUUAAAGACAUUGUGGAAUUCACAUACAAGAUAUGCAUUAUGUUGCAAUUUUCCAUAGAAAAAUUCUGGAAACUCCCUAAGAGUGAGCCCAUAAAUAAGGUUAAAUGAGCAAAGGCUUUAAAAGUAUAGGGUAAAGAGCUGGAGGGACGACUCAGCAGUUAUAAGCUGAGCACCAGCUCAUUUUCCAAAGGAGUUUAAUCCUCAAUACUGAGAAGGUGGCUCACAAGCAUCAGUAACUCCAUUUCCAGGGCAUCUUAUACCCUCUUCUGACUUCCAUGGGUACUAUGCAGGCACAUGGUACAUAAACAUACAUGCCAGUAAAUGUCUAUACACAUAAAAUAAUGAAAUUAAGUUAAAUCUUAAAAAAUACGGUUUAUAUAGCCAAGCAUGGGAGACAUAUGCUUAUAAUCUCAGUGUUUGGAAGGCAGAGAAAGGAGGCUAGUUAUAAGUUUGAAGCCAGACUAUAUAGUAAGUUUCAAGCCAGCAAAGGCUAUAUAAUAGGAAGAUCCUUUCAAUAUUAACAAUUAUUAUUUUUGUUAUUGUUAUAAAUUUACAUUUGUCUAAAAUUUAAAGAAAUGUAGUUCAUGGUGGUUAUGUGCUUAUAAUCUUACCACCCAGGAGACUGAAACAGAAAGACUACACAUCUGAGGUCUACUGGGGAUACAUAAUGAGACCUUGUCUCAAAAACAACAAAACAAUGAAGGUUGGACAGGUUUUAUAAAGCUGGAAAACGUAACAGUUAUCAUAAGUGGAGAAGAUCACGUGUAGAAUUGAAUGUGCUCUGUAAGUACUGUUACGUUGAAAGAAACGCCUUGCGUGAAAACAAGCCCCAGCCCAAGCACCCCAUAACUAGGUGUCAAGGUGUGUGCUGUAGUAGCUGUCCUCCAGAGGUGUUGGCAAGGGAGUCAGAAACUCAGAAUCCUCUGCUAACUAGUUCCAGGUCAGCCUGAAAUAAGUGAAACAUUGUUCAAAAGAAAAUUAAGAAGGAAGAAGGAUGUGGGGGAGGAAAGAAGGAGGGAGUGAGGCCAGUGCUUCUCCAUCCUUCAAUUAAUAUGCAAUACAUAUAUUUUUUUAAAAAAAUGUAUGUGUGAAGAAAGCACAUUUAAUCAUUAAUAAUAGUUGUGGGGAGAGCGAAAGCUUAAAUGUCUCAUUAUUUGUUGGUUUUUCUUGUGUGUAUUCAUUUUCCAAAUGCUUCUCCAUUUCAAAAAAUGUGUAUUGUAUAGCGGGAUGGAAAAAAUUGUAAAUAGAUUUUCAGUGAAAAUAGAAGAGUUGGUGUCUGCUAAGAAGAACUGAAGGGGAAAUCUGAAACCCACCUGUUAAAAGUGUGGUGAAGGAAAAUGGAAAAUGCCCCCCCGAGGGAGAACAAAGGAAGACCCUCCCACAGUGAUCACAGGAAAAGAUUAAUUUCGGUCAGGGCAUGACUUGCAUCUGUGGUGGGUUGUGGGCAGGCAAAGAGAGCUGGGCUUUAGAUUCCCCCAUCACUCCCACAUCUCCUCUGUCUGGGAACUAUCUCAUAUGGCAAAAAAUUAGGAUUAGCAUCUUUCCCACCCCACCCCAUCACCACCCUCUCUUGCUUAAACGAAUUAAACGGGGCCUGGAGUCUAUGAACAAUGGUGGGCUCAAAAGGAGGUCCUUUCCUCCUGAGCUCAAGCUGCCAGCAAAGGAAACCACCAACUAGGCAGUGUGAAAAGUCACACCGCCUCGUGGGCCCACCACAUACAGCCCUCGGAGGUAUGUGGUGUGCAACUUGUGAAAUAUGAGCCAUGAAUGCUCGAAUAUAGAAACCUAAUAAAAGGAAGGAGGGGGAGCAAGACUGUAUCAUUUCACAAAGGCACUUGCUCAUGCAUUCACUCAUGCAUGCAUAUUUUUAUCUGUCUAACAGCACUACUGCGUACCACUAAUGUCAGGCACUGUCCAAAAGUACAGAGCAUACAACAGUGAACCAGAACAGUGGUCUGCGCCCUCAGGGUGUUUAUACUCCAGCGAGAGGCCAACAUACAUACUAUCCUGCAAAUAACAAACAGUGGUCAUCACUGGUCACUUACAAUGGGGGGCUUACCUAGGUCAAGGGAAUGGUCAGAGAAUCUUCAAUUCAAUAUUGAUAUGAAAUCUAAAGAUGAAUAACAAGAAGAGGGAAACGUAAAAGAGGCUCCCUGUAGUCAGAGAGCACAGCCAGUGCAAUGCCCUGUGACGAGAAGACCUGAAAGAAAAGAAGUCGCUGUGGCCAGCCCAUAAUGAUCUGUGCUUAUAGAAUGUAGUUACAGUGUAAGAAAACACUGUAAAGGACAAAGCUCGAUGCAGGAUAACAUCUUAGAGGCUAGUGUAGGGGUCCAUGAGAAGCACCAGGAUGUGGAAUGGGGUUGUAGAAUGAAUGUGAAGAAAGAAAAAUGGUUUCAAGAGAUAGACCUCAGGGACAGGAGACUUCUGCUCCCAGAGCGGCCCUGGGGGUGUGUUCAAUGAUCUAAGAGUGGAGACGGGGAGAUUCCCCUUUUCUAGAGACAAAAUCUGGGCCUAAUAAUCAUCAAGGUUAUGGGACUCAUUUGUCGCUUUGACCUGGGAACCCAAAAAGAUUGACACUCAGAGAAAAAAAAUAAACAAGAAAUGCAUUAGCCUUAGCCAACAUUAAGGCAUCUGAAAAUUGGAAAUGAGAUUUUAAAGAUCUGAUGUUUCUUGUAUCAAGGAUCAUCACUAGAAGAAAAUACCAUUAUUGGGUCUCAAGCCAUCCCUGAAAGCUAUCUUUCAUAAGCCGUGUUCAUCACACAAUCAAAAAUAACCAGGCACAGAAGGGAAGCAAAACCCCACAAACAAGAACCUCUGGGUGGGGAGAGACAAUUCUGACUGCAACCCAUAUUCAGUAUCACUUCAUAUUCAGGGGAGAGGGAGGCCCUGAAACCUUCUUCAGUUCAUGAAUCUGUGGACAAAUUUUGAUUUCUAUCUGGCUUAAUUCUAAGUGAUCUUUGUGUUUAUCGCCAUCUGUCAAACUGGCAAACAGAAGAAAAGAGCAA